AUGCCAUUUUUUUUGUUGUUUUCAUUUAAAAAUAUAUGCCUGAAAAUAAUCAAAGUAAUAAUUUUGUACUUGUUUAUAUAUGAGGGUAGUAUUAUUCGAAAUAUCAUAAUAAAUUGUUUACAUAUAGAAAAUCAAACUAAUGUUACAAAAUUUAAUGGUUUUGGAAGUAGCGUUUUUCAAAAAUCCCUUAGGAAAAAUGUGAAUACAGUUUUAUACCCCCGCAAAGGUUCGAUAAAUAAAUGUUAUAUUACUAAUCGAUUAUUUACUAACAUAAAAAAGGAAAGCAUCAUAAAUUCUUUAAAAAAAUAUUCAAAAAUAAAAAGGAAUUACUACAAUGGAUCUUUGAACUUAAGCAAGAUAAACACGCGGAUAUAUGGAAUAGACAAUAAUGAGGAAUAUCAAGCUAGCGAAAUAAUUGAUAAUAUACUGCUCAAUAAUAAAGGAUAUAGCGAAAAUGAUGAGGGUCAUUCUUUUUUAGAAAUUAUUAAUAAUCAAACUGAUGUACCAAUUGAUUUAGCACAUUUUGAAAAGGAAACAAAAAAACUUAUUAAUAUAUUAAAUUUUAAUAAUGUUCAAUUAGUUAUAAAAUUUGUUGAUUUAAAAGAAAUGAAACAUAUAAAUAAAAAAUAUAGAAAUAAAAAUGGACCAACAGAUGUAAUUUCUAUUUUGAAUGUUGUAAAAAAUGAUGAUAUAAUAAGCGAUGAUGAAAAUGGUGAAAAUGAUGAAAAUGGUGAAAGUGAUGAAAAUGAUGAAAUAUUACAUGGUGAUGAUUUUUUUUAUAUAAAUAAUUCCAAAAGUGGCGAUAUAUUUUUAUGUCCUGAAUAUAUAAAUAAGGAAUGUGUUAUAUCAAAGAUGAAAUAUGAAAAAAAAAUAUUAAAAAGUGAUAAUGACAAAGUAAUAGACGAUGAUAUUAAUACAAAUUAUAAUGAAGAAGAAAACAAAAGAGGUGUAAAUAAAUUAUUCCGAAAUAUUUUUGAUGUUAAUGAAAGACUUCCUUUUUAUGUUUUACAUGGUUUAAUACAUUUAAUGCAUAAAGAUCAUGUAAAUAAUUUUAAAGAAUAUACUGAAUUUAUGGAUUUAGAAGAACAAACAAUUGAAAAAUAUUUUAAAUUUCAUAAAUCUAUAAAUACCUUUUAUGCACAUCAUAUAAUAGGUCUUGGUACAGAUAUUUUAUGUGUUAAUAGAAUUUAUAAAAUUCUUGAAAAAAAUAAUAACUUUAUAAAAAAAGUUUUAAAUCCAUUUGAAUUAGCCGAAUAUGAAACACAAAAAGAGAAAUUAAACGAAAACAUAAGUAAAAGUACAGAUUUAGAAAAAUUAGCAGUUUAUGUUAGUAAAAAAUUUGCAGCAAAAGAAGCUAUACUUAAAUCUAUGGGACGUGGAUUAAGUUCUAUAUCUAAAUAUGGACUAAGUAUGAAUGAUAUUGAAAUAAAAAAUGAUAAAUAUGGAAAACCUCAUGUCCAUUUAUAUGGAAAAGCUAAAGAGGUAGCUUACGAAAUGGGUAUUGUCAAAAUAUUUUUAUCAAUUAGCGAUGAAAAAAUUAUGAACAGUCAAACAGAUAAUAUUUCGUCUAAUUUUCCGACAUACAUUAUACAAGCACAGGCGCUAGCUGUUGGCUCGAAUGUAUAA